AUGCAACAAAGAAAUCCACCCUGGCAUCAGUUUUCCUCACCCAGAAAAAGAUCUCCAGAAUAUAGUCCUGUGCUACAUAACUAUGAGGGCAUGACGAACAUACAACCUUUAUCAUACAACCAAGGGCCUUUUGGGGCCCAAGCGAACGUACAAAACGUUCAGGCAUUUCCGCAAAACUAUGACGGUAGAGCUUCAUAUGAUUACAUCCAAGCCGAAGCUACUCAAAACGAUGGUCGUCUACUAUCAGACUCAGCGUUCACAAGAAUAUCAGAAACUCUUGGCGCUAUCAAUACUGUUGGACACUACCUAGUCGACAUGGUUAAUGAAAACGAGAGAGAUGAGUCAGAUCCAAACUUGAAACAAUUGCCCCAAGCUCUUUAUACAAUAAGUAAAAACGUUCUCGGAAGAAAUGUCACUGAUAAAAUAGCUCCGAUUGUAAAAAAAGCUUUACCAAGAGUAUUACCUGAUGCACCUAUCACUAAAAUAGCUACAGCUGGUGUAACUGAAAACGAUGCUAAGUCAUGCACGACACCCGAAGGUGAAGAAGGCGUUUGUGAAGAUCUGAGUAACUGCCCACAGUUGCUUCUGAAUUUGGUGAAUCUCCGAGAGUCUUUGUGUUUUAAAGACCUUUUUGUACCGGGUGUUUGCUGUCCUAAAGGUGCAAUAGUACCAGCCACACCGGCUGUCGAAAAGCCUGUAGUCACAACAACGAUCAAACCGACCUAUUUGGUGCCUGUCACGACGCAAAGACCACAGAGACCACAGAAACCUCCACAAAAACCGUUACCGAAACCUACAACGACCAAGAAGCCGUCAGCCAUAUUAGUAUUGACCACAAAGAGGCCUAAUCCUGUGACCACCGUCAGACCUACCACUGCACGACCUACCACUGCAGUGGCCGUGACAACUGCUCGGCCUGUGUCAACCACCAGUUUCUACACUGUACCACCGCCAAUUUUAACAAAUUUCUCUAACAUAGUCGAUAUAGAAGGUAAGUGCAACAGCCAUAAAAACUAUACUUAUAUUAUAAAUAGGAAAGAUUUUAUUAUUUUAUUUGUAAUAGGCUUAGCUAAGCUUCUAGACUAUUUUUUUUAAAUCUUUCACUAAUGAGUCUACAUAAUCGUGGGUGACCUUGGCUAUAAUUUACGCGGGCGAAGUCGCCAGAAAACAGCUAAUAAUUUAUGAGUAUAUAGUAAAUUUCAUCUAUAAAUAUAAAAUAUUUGUUGAAUGCAAUGUGGGCAGCGUGAAGACGAGGGUGGGCGUAUAGUAGGCGGCACAGAAGCGAAGCCAGGAGCGUGGCCAUGGAUGGCUGCUAUAUACCUGCACGGCAGCAAGCGGCGUGAGUUCUGGUGCGGCGGGACGUUGAUCAACAAGCGGCACGUACUCACAGCCGCUCACUGCACCAGAGACUCCAAGCAGAGACCUUUCCCAGCGCGUCAGUUCAGCGUGCGUCUCGGGGACGUCGAUCUGUCGCGGGAGGACGAGCCAUCGCGUCCGGUGACGCUGCGAGUGACGGCGGUGCGCGCUCACGAACAGUUCUCCAGGGUCGGCUUCUACAAUGACAUCGCAAUACUUGUGCUAGCUGAAAACGUGCAAAAAUCAAAGUACGUGAUACCGAUCUGCCUGCCGUCCGGCGAUCUGGUGAGGCAGCAAUUCGACGGCGCGGUGGGCACAGUGGUUGGGUGGGGCACAACGCGGUACGGCGGCAGUGAGAGCUCGCGGCAGCUGGAGGCGCGCCUGCCCGUGUGGAGGAACGACGACUGCGACCGCGCAUACUUCCAGCCCAUCACUGACACCUUCCUCUGCGCCGGGUACGCGCGCGGCGGCGUCGACGCCUGCCAGGGUGACUCGGGCGGGCCAUUGAUGCUGCAAGUGGGCAGCAGAUGGACGCAGAUCGGCGUGGUGUCAUUCGGCAACAAGUGCGGGGAGCCCGGAUACCCAGGGGUCUACACACGCGUCACACGAUACGUGCCCUGGCUGCAUCAGAACAUGCUUUAA